AUGUCGGGUGCCGACGCUCUGAUCACGUCCAUCGCGCUGCAGGGGUUCGGCGCCAUCAUCGCCAACCCGUUGGACCUGGCAAAAAACCGGUACCAGUAUGCAAAAUUUUUCGACCGACCGGAAAUCCCGAAGGUGUCGCAGUAUGCGGCAAACUACGGCUGGAAGCGCGGAAUGUUCCAAUCGAUCGGCUAUUACCUCGCGACGCCGGUCAUGUUCGGCUUCAUCUACGACAUCCGGCACAAAAACGACGGGGCGUUUCUCGCCGCUUUGGAGGCACGGUUUUUGACGACUCUGUUCCUCUCCCCACUGGAAUACCAGCGAACGCUACACCAGUCCCAGGGCCUCGCCGGGUUCGAUUUCCUCCACUGCCUAUUGCCUCUCAAAAGGCGCGGCGCGAAGGGGCUCUUGCCGACGAUUGGACGGGAUUUGACCUUCACGAGCAUCUACUGCGGGGGCCUUCUGCUCGCGAAGGGGUCGGGGCUGAUAGCCACGAGUUACGAGCAGGAAUCGUAUGAAAAGACGUCUUCGGGGUUGGGGAACUCGGUGGUGCAAAAUUUCAAAAAGCCGGUGACGGACCCGAUGACCUUCUUCGUUUCCUUUUUCCUCGCUACCCUCGCAACGGUGGCAAGCCACCCCUUUGAUGUGGUAAAGACGCACAUGCAGACAUUUCCGCGGUCGAAAUUUCAGGAGGGCAUUCUGAAAGUACAGGAGGCAAGCAUGACGCAGUCGUGGCGGCAUCUGACAACAGGGAUUUCAAAGCACGGAAAGAAAGUCACGGACUACAGCAUGCUGCAAGCAGGUAUGGUUGAUGCUGUCGUGUAAGUAAUGGCAUCGCCAGAUCCUUCUCUUGAUUUUCUGAUGCAGUAGUGCCUAAUGCAAAUGCCGGUUCAGAGCAGCUGCGCAAUGGUGUAGUGCGCACUUGUAUCUAUUCGUCCCGUAACACCAGGAAGAGCAAGCGUUUGGGUUUACCUAUUUCUAUGUAAAACCUGUACAGGUCUCACGCUUCGUUGCUACCGGCUCAUUCCUCUGUUUACUCUGCUUGGAAGUCAGACCUUCGAAAUGGGGUGGAUUUCAGACGAAGACCCGGACCGCGCGUUUUACAAACUGCUCGGCACGAUCCAGGGCGGGAAGAACAAAACUGCAGACAAGGAACUGAAAUACAAUGGAAAAGUAGACAAUCGAGACAUCAAAUACCAGGUCCCCCUGCACCCCAACGAAAGAAAAACACACUGGGAUCUCUGAGCUUGAAGAAAGUACUUACCAGCAAAAAUAAACUUCAAGAGGCGUAAUUUGGACCACUAGUUGCGUUGAACGUUUGCGUUUGGAGACUGACUCG